UUCCGCGGCGCUUUGCUUCUUAAUUAGAUUUAGUUUCAUUUUCCCAACCUUUUUUUUCCCCCUCUUAUCGCCAGCAAAGACUUGAUGUAAAUUAUUUAUGAGAUGCUCGCAGACGGCCCGAGCGAGCGGCAGAGAGGAAGUUGCAUCAACAGUCAUUGGGACCAAGCGUGGUGUGAAGAUGGAGAAAUUUAAGAGCCUGCUGAAUUUCGUCCUAAGGCAGCACGCCACGCUGGGAUACAGCUUUCUGGCCUUAGCAACAGCUGGAGGGGAACAAUUGUUCUCGGUUGUCGUGUUCAGCUGCCCCUGUAACUCAUGGAAUUUCACCUACAGCGUUGUUUUCCUUCUCGUCCCAGCGCUGGUCUUGUUCGUACUGGGAUACUUCAUCAGCAACAGAACCUGGAAGCUGUGCACGGGUUGCUGCGUUAGUCAGAGAAAGCAAUACUCGAAAACAAUCCUCCUUCGAGGCAUAAAAAUCUUUAUUCUAAUCACCAUGGGGGCUUUAGUAGCCCCGGUUACCUGGGUUUCUGUCGCGCUGCUGAAUGGAAUGAUUUAUGAAUGUGGCAUGUCCGGCUAUUACAAUGAUUACUUCGCAGAUAAAAUCUGCAACAACGACCCCAAAAACUGUCAUCAAAAUCUUUACCAAGUGCCUUGUGGUCAAUCAGCAUUGCCUCCGCCCACCCAAGCAGAUAUUCUCCGUACACUCCGGGCACACUCCCAGGUUAUUGGAUGGAGCCUGGUUGCGGCCACCAUGGUUUUUGCCCUGACCUCUACCUGCCUUGUGCGCUGUUAUUCCCCUGUCAGCUUCCUCCAGCUCCAGUUCUGGAAAACCUACAGAGAAAAAGAGAAUGAAGUACUGGAGAAGAAAUCAGCCGAGCACGCUAAAGAAAUGGCCGAGAGAAACGUGAAGAGCUUCUUCGAAUCCGUAGCGCCGAAGGAGUUCAAAACGCCGAGCAGAGCAGCGUGGCAGGAGAUCUCGACACUGUAUUCCUUCAGUGAAACUGAGCAAUACUACAGCACGAUACACAAGCACGCAGAAAUGAAGAUUGAGUGUGUCCAUAAAUCAUCGUCCUAUGGCAACGUGGACAUACCUGCUGUGCUGGACUUUGUUGACGGUAGCAAAAAUUCUUUGGACUCCUAUAUUUGAGCAUAGGUCAGAUUGAGAACAUUCAUGCUAAAUUUAAGUUGUACUGUCCUCACAAAAGCAGGCGAAGACUUUCUUUGAAGUCUUCCUCUAAUUUUACAUGUAAUGGUAGUUUUAUCAUGAAUUCUUUUUAAACACUUGUGCAGAUACUCUCACUGAGAACGUGCAUGAAGGAAUACUUCUGCCAUCAGAUGUGGGUUUGCUCUGAACUGAGGCUGCCAGAGUUGAGGAGCAGGACUCUUCAAUCUUGUGGUGUAAGGUUACAACUCAAAAAACAUGGAGGGAGAACAUCAUGAAUUUUUUUUGGCAAACUCUUUGUGAUAUGAUUUUUUUUAUCUUCCACUUUUCAUAUUUAUCAUAAGCAAAAAUUGAAUGUACUUAUAUAAUUUUUAACUGCUUAAAAAUAUUGCAGACUAAAGCUCUGCCCGCCUUCAAUCACAUCUUCAAUGUCCUGAUGAGAGCAUUAAAGGGUAAAUUAAGAUGGGCCUUAUUCCCUUAGGCAUUCUGAUUCGCAAAGUGAUUGCAAGCCUCAGAUCUAAUUGAUGCAUUACUAAAGAGCAAAUUACUAAGAUAAUGUUCUGAGACUGCACGCUGAAGCAGAUUGAUAAUAUCGAUGCGUUUCCUGAUUCCACUGUGGGACGCAAGUUCAUUGGUGUGGCCUUCAAUUGGAGUCAGACAAAAUGAAAACUGGAUGUAAUGUCAAUUAGGCUGCUGAUGUUCUUUAUGGCCAUGAGUCAACAUUUAGUUAAUAGUGAAUUAACUGAAUCUUGACUCAUGGACCGUAGAGAGAAGCAACAGUCUAAUUAAUAUCUCAGAGAGCCCCAUAGGACAUAGGAGCAGAAUUUGGCCAGUCAGCCCAUCAAAUCUACUUCACCAUUUCAUCAUUUAUUAUUCCUCUCAACCCCAUUCUCCUGCCUUCUCCUGUGACUCAUCAAGAAUCUAUCAACCUCUGCUUUAAAUCUACCCAAUGACUUGGCCUCUACAGCCAUCUGUGGCAAUGAAUUCUACAAAUUAACCACCCUCUGUCUAAAGAAGUUCCUCCUCAUCUCUGUUUUAAAGGGGCAUCCUUCUAUUCUGAGAUUGUACCCUCCAUUCCUGGACUUCCCCAUUAUAGAAAACAUUCUCUCUAAGACCACUCUAUCAAUAUUCAUUAGGUUUCAAAGAGAUCCCCCCUCAUUCUUCUAAGUUCCAGCGAAUACAGGCCCAGAGCCAUCAAAUGCCCCUUAUACAUUAACCCUUUCCUUCUCACGCUCACUCUGCUAAAAGUCCACUGGACACUCUCCAAUGCCAACACAUCAUCGUUAUGUGCUGUGUUGUAAGACAUGGGCAAUCAUGGUCCUAUGAUCAGGAUUGUUCCUGAAAAAUUUUUCUACCAAAGUAGUUUGCUAUUGCUGCCUUCUCUUUCCUAGAUAAGGGGCCCAAAACUGCUCACAAUAGUCCAAGCCGGCUGACCAAUGCCUUACGAUACCUAAGCAUUACAUCCCUGUUUUUAUUUUCUACUCCUCUCAAGAUGAAUGCUAACCUUGCACUUGCUUUCCUUACCGCCGACUCAACCAGCAAAUUACCCUUUAGGGAAUCUUGCACAAGGACCCCAUGGGCAAACUAAGUGAUAUAUUUAGUUGUGAAUCCAUUCCUAGGCAGGUUGUUCUUAGAGAUAUAACGGCUGAAGGUUAAAUUUCUGUUGUGUUUACAAACACCAUUUCCUUAAAUUAUGAGAGACCUGUUGUGAAUCAAGGUCACUGGUGAUCACAGUUACCCAGACCAAUGAAAAAGUGUUUUUGCUUUAAAAUGAUCACCUCUGCAUUAUAGCUCAGCACAUGGCCAUUGACAAAAUCCAAAACCUGCUGAGGCAUCACCUAAUUAAAUAUUACUUGAGGAAAAUGCUUGAAAAGGCCAAUUCCAGAAUAGGAGCUCCUUUAUAUUUCAACAUUCAGCUUGCCCUUGACCAUACCAGGCAGGCAGCACAAAAAGAUAUUUCGAUAGAGUCAAAUCACUGUCACUAAGGUCCAAAAAUAUCUUAGCCCAAAUGUUAAAAAAAGUUGAAAAACAAUCCAGCCAGGAUACCACCGAACUGAAUUUUACCCUUGGGGUUUUUCUCCAAGGAUAAAGAGAAGUUUGGAUAGGUACAUGGAUAGUAGGGGUAUAGAGGACAAUGGUUCGGCUGCAGGUUGAUAGGACCAGGCAGUUUAAAUGUUCGACACAGACUAGAUGGGCUGAAGACCCUGCUUCUGAGCUGUAGUUUUCUAUGACUCUAUGAUAAAGGUGACCUAAAUUUACUUAGUACUUCUCACUGGACAAGAUUUCUUUGCACAUUGAAAUUCUGGAAUUGGAGAUCCUCUAAAUUUCUUUUUUUUUUAAAUUUUAUUUUUAUUCAGAUCCUCUAAAUUUCAACAUUCUGUUUGCAGUUGGAAGGCUGCACAAAAAAAUGCAUUUCAAUGGAGGCAAAUUGCCGUCACUAAGGACCAAAGAUACCUCAGCCUAAAUGUUUAAAAAAGAUGAAACCCAAAGCAGCCAGGGCACCACCUAAAUGAAUUUUAACCAUUUGAAAUAGUAGAUUUUCUCCAAGGAUAAUGGAGACCUAAAUGUACUUAGCACUGUUCACUGAACAAGAUUUCCUUGUGUUAUGUUUGAUAACAUCAAAACAUUAGACUAUUCAAAGGAAGACAUGAGAGUCUGAAAUGCGGGUCUUAGUUUAAGCAGGGCAUGUAUGUACCAAGUGGUAGGGUGAUGACAUAUGCCAUUCACGUAUUUAUACCUACAACCUGUAAUGAAUUAUUUAAAUGAACAUGAAUAUUUAAUCAACCUAUAUAUAUAUAUGUAUAUUCACACAGGAUUAUUCAAACAUUAUUUAAAUAUUCAAUACACAAUACUUUGCACCAUUUAGUAUUAUAUUCUAUUAAAUAUGAAUCUGAAUUAAAUUUUAUUUUAUCAUAUAGAUUUACCGAGUGAAAACUGCAGCAAUAUUUUUACUGAUUAUAGUGUUAAAUUAUUACUUUAUAAUUUCAAGUGUAAACAUUAUUUUCAAUAUGUCAGCAUAGCUGCUAUCAUUAGUAAGAUUAUUCAAUGUUAUUUCCAGUACUCAAGUGUAAAGGAGAACAAAAUAAUCGUUACUCUGGAUCCCAUGCAGAACAAAAAAAACACAAUAAGAUAAAGAACACAAUAUAAAGAAAAACACAAUAAAUAUAAAUAUAUAAGGUAGCUUAUAUAUACAGAUUGAUUAUAUGUCCAUAAACUAUACACACUUUGAGUAUUGUGUACAGUUUUGGGCUCCUUGUUUUAAAAACGAUAUACUGACAUUGGAGAGGGUUCAGAGAAGAUUCACGAGAAUGAUUCCAGGAAUGAAAGGGUUACCGUAUGAGGAAUGUCUGGCAGCUCUUGGGCUGUAUUCCCUGGAGUUCAGGAGAAUGAUGAGGGACCUCAUAGAAACAUUCAGAAUGUUAAAAGGCCUGAAAAGAUUAGAUAUGACAAGGUUAUUUCCCGUGGUAGGGGAGUCUAGGACAAGACAGCAUGACUUCAGGAUUGAAAGACGUCCAUUUAGAGCAGAGAUGAGGAGAAAUUACUUUAGUCAGAGGGUGGUAAAUCUGUGGAAUUUGUUGCCAUAAGCGGCUGUGGAGGCCAAGUCAUUGGGUGUAUUUAAGGCAGAGAUAGAUAAGUUCUUGAUUAGCCAGGGCAUCAAAGGGCAUGGGGAGAAGGCAGGGGAGUGGGGAUGACUGGAAGAAUUGGAUCAGCCCAUGAUUGAAUGAUGGAGCAGACUUGAUGGGCUGAAUGGCCUACUUCUGCUCCUAUAUCUUAUGGUCUGAUGGUCUUAUAGUGGAAAAGACGGAAACCUGUGAGGAGUAAAAAUUUCAAGUUAUAUACUGUAUACAUUCUCUGAUAUUAAGUGAACCUUUGAAAUCUAUAUAUUUAUAAUGCAAAGUAGUUUUUCAGCUGAAAGCUUUAAGCAGGGACUAAUGGCUGAGAAUUUCCUCACACCAGCAUUUACUCUGUUCCUCUGAGUUUACUGAGAGCAGAGAGUUCCCAGUGCACAUCCAGUAAAUCUGCGGUAGCAGUACCGAUGUAACUGUGUGGAAGUUUGCAGUUGCAGUGCUAAUAUAAACCUGAUAUUCUAAUGUUAAUGAUAACAUCAUUGGUUUUCAUCCCACUACCCUAAAUGGUAACGUUAUUCUGUUGGAAAGCAAGGUAAAAAUGAUUUUGACACAGGAGCAUAAAGUAAAAUAAUAGUUUAUUUAAAAAUAUAAUUAUUUGAUUUAUUAAUGUGUGACAUCUGUGAAUGAGGAAAUUCAUAUGUUUAUUGAAAGAAGUUAUAGUGCUUGGCUGCAUCUGUUUAUCAAGUUGCUGUAUCCUCAUUUACAAGAACUAUACAGGAAUAUAAAGACAAAGCAUUUAAUUUUACAUGAACUUGAGUUAUUUUUGUUACUUUUUACUGACAAU